AUGACGACGACAACAACAUCCAAAGCUCUCAUUCUCCAUGGCGCCAAAGACCUGCGAUUAGAAACACGCGAAAUCGCACCCCCCACAGGCAACGAAGUCCAACUCGCCAUCCGCGCAACCGGCCUCUGCGGCUCCGAUCUACACUACUACAUGCACGGCCGCAACGGCGACUUCGUCGUGCAAUGCCCGAUGGCUUUAGGGCACGAAUCCAGCGGUAUCGUCACAGCCGUCGGCCCUGAAACCAAAACCCUCAAAGUCGGUGAUCGCGUCGCCCUCGAAGUCGGUCUACCCUGCAGAAAGUGUCUGUAUUGUCUUUCUGAUCGGUACAAUCUCUGCGUCAAUAUGAGGUUUAGAUCAAGCGCAAAGUCGUUCCCGCAUUUGGACGGCACGUUGAUGCAGUUUACGAAUCAUCCGGAGGAUAUGUGUCAUAAGCUUCCGGAGAGCGUCUCGUUUGCGGGCGGUGCGCUUGCGGAGCCGUUGGCUGUGUGUCUGCAUGCUAUUCGACGCUCGCAUCCGCCCACGAGUGAAGAGGUGGCGCUCGCGAAGUCGCUAGGUGAAGAGAGUGCUGCCAUGAUUUUUGGCGCGGGUGCAAUUGGGUUGUUGAUGGCUGCGGCAUUAGCGACAUCGCAGAAUUUCUCGUCGAUCGUCAUUGCGGAUAUCGAUGCGCGACGGUUGAAAAUCGCGGAGGACUUGGGUCUGGGCCUCAAGACGUAUUUGAUUGAGCGUUCGGCGACUCCGCCGCCGGCAAAGGAUGCGCCGCAGGAAGAGCAGACGGCGUAUGCGAUGAAGACUGCUCAGGAGACUGCUAACAAGAUCAAGGAGACACACAACAUCCCCAAUGGGUUUGCAAGAGUGUAUGAGUGCACUGGUGUGCCGCCUUGUAUUCAGGCCGGUAUCUAUGCUGCUGCUGCGGGUGGCGUGUUGGUGCAGGUUGGUAUGGGUGCGCCUAUCUUGACGCUUCAUUACAGUGCUGCUAUGUUGAGAGAGGUUGAUGUUGUGGGUGUGUUCCGAUAUGACAAGUACGCUUACCCGGCAGCUAUUGAUCUGCUACAAAAGGAGGCCUUUAAAAAGGUAGAAGGCAAGAUUGUGACACAUAGAGUUGAUUUGUCGGUGGAAGGACAGGGGGAGCGAGCGUUUACGUUAGCUGCCAAGGGUGUUGAUGAGAAGGGCGUUCCUGUCGUUAAAGUCAUGAUUGAGUCUUCUCUUUAG